UCUUGCGAGACCUCGCUCACCAGAUAACACUCCAUUGCGUGCAAGGGCCGUGGAAUGGCGACAAGCUAGCCACGUAUUUAGGCGGGCAUCGCUGCAGGCAGCGUACUCAUCUCGCACAGCCCAGCGGAGCCCUCUCGCCAUGUCUACCACGGUCGAAACAAUCACUGCUCCUAUCGCUGCUCUCCGCGUCGCUGCCAAACCGGCAGAGAACAAUGAGCAGUCCAAGUCCGAGGAAGGUACCCACUAUCCGCCUCUGACUCCGUUCGAUCACAUCGAUCCGGGCAGUCGCGCCUUGUCUCACCCAAACCCUCGGUCCUUCCUUGACCAUGCAACCAGCAUCACGCAACUGACUCCCCAUCUUGGCGAGGAGGUUCGCGGAGUCAGCCUUGCUGCGCUCGACAGUGAUGGGAGAGAUCAGCUCGCGCUUGAGGUCGCCCGUAGGGGUUUGGUGGUCUUCAGGGACCAGCGCGACUUCAUCAACAGCGGCCCAGACUCUUACCUUGAGUUUGGCCGCCACUUCGGCCGCCUCCACAUCCACCCUACGUCCGGGCACCCGGAGAACUAUCCGGAGCUGCACCUCGUUUACCGCGAUGCGAACACGACAUAUAACUUUGAGCGUGAGGACCGCAUUACAUGGACGGCCUGGCACUCGGACGUCUCCUACGAGCGGCAGCCGCCCGGCUUGACUGCGUUGUUCCUCCUCUCGCAGCCCGACACGGGAGGCGACACUGCGUUCACGUCGCAGGCGGUGCACUCGGGUGUCGAGCAGGCGAACUACUCGAGGUCAGGCUACCGCGGUGGUGUCGUCAGACGCGAGCCCGUGGAGAACAUUCACCCCCUGGUAAGGCGGCACCCGGUCACAGGCGAAGAGGCGAUCUACGUCAACAAGCAAUUCACUCGCCGCAUUGUUGGCCUGAAGCGCGAAGAGUCAGAUGCAAUCCUUGAGCUGCUGUACGAUCACAUCGCUAAGAGCACCGACAUCCAGGCGCGUGUCAAGUGGGAGCCGUACACGGUUGUCCUCUGGGACAACAGGCUCACUGCACACUCCGCGAUCGUCGACUUCGUUACUGGAGGGCAGAGGCGCCACGGUGUUCGUAUCACGCCGCAAGCUGAGCGUCCCAUUCCUGCUCUUGAGGGUCUCGACUUGUCGGCCUGAGCAUUGCGGGCAUAACUUAAAGUUAACACUACCGCGCAAAGGUUGUAGGAUCAGUGCUUCAGCCACUGCGUGAGGGCAUGUGUUGUAGUACCACUAGAAAAGAAUUGUACCUGGAUGACUCAACCCGUAUGCUCUGUUCGCUAGUAGCUGCAGCUAUCGAGAGAAUCGCACAACGAAAAGAUAUUCACCACCAGCUCGGCGUUCAAGGACUACCUGCGACAUCACCUCAGACUCGGCUCACUGACAUAUAUGUGUCAUCCACAUACCUCGCUCGAGAGUCUGUAUGUAUCUAGCAUCCUCUGACGUAUUGCAGGGACGUCGUUCUGUUUUACUGCGACUAAAUAAAACCGCCCGAUGGGUGAAAGUAAAUCCUCGACCUGAUCAAGGAGAACAUCGGUCACUUGCAUCCCG